UUUUUAAAAAUGCCAGAAUGGAAGAGGAAAACCAGCAGUAGUUCGGCUACUUCAGUCGGUCGAAUUCAAACCUGGGCUCGCGGUCAGAUUAACAGAGCAGCGGGGUAUAUCAGACAAGUUUCGAGAGACUUUGCUGCUUCGUUUGACGAGGAGGAGGAAAAUGCUGGAAGGGUGCGGGAACGGCGAGAAAUUGUUCAAGCUUCCGAUGGACACUUCUUCGAACGCCUCACAGUGGGGGAUGAUGUAGAUUUGUCGGCUAUAUUGCCCAGUAAAUACAUAGAAGCAAAUAAUGCUGAACUCUUAAUUGACACUAAAAAGCCGAUUAAAAACAGUAUUACUAGCAGUAAACAGUUGACUGAACGCUUUGGGCAGUUCUCUCUGCGGCCCCCGUCAAAAGAUGUGGAACAACAAAAGAAGCAUAUGAAUGUAAUAUUAGUCUAUAUUUAUUAA